GACUUGCAUCCUCCUCCCUCCACUCGCGACGUUUUCACAUGGGUCGUAGAGCCAUAGCAAGACCUCGUCUCGCCAUACUCGCCUCGUAAAGUGCACAGCUAGACGUUUGCGGCCCUAAGUCGUGCGAGACCUACCAUAUAUGGGACGGCAAUAUCACGGGCGACGGGCGGUGGCUGCAAAGUGGGCCGACAACGAAAAUGUACGCCCGUCCUGAACGCUCCAGCCCGCGUCCUGUCGGCUCUCGACUGUCCUCCUCGCCCGCUCAAAAGCACCCCGGCGCCCACCCGCCACGCCAUGCAGCUCGCCAGCUCGUCCAGCAUGCCCUCCAACCACUACGACGUGAUCAUCGUCGGCGCCGGCAUCGCAGGCUGCGCGCUCGCCCAGGCCCUCGCGACCCUCAAGCGUCCCGCGCCCCUCCGGGUAUGUCUCCUCGAACGCUCCCUCGCGGAGCCGGACCGCAUCGUCGGCGAGCUCCUCCAGCCUGGCGGCGUCGAAGCGCUGCGCAGGCUCGGCAUGGUCUCCUGUCUGGAGGGCAUUGACGCCGUCCCGGUGCGUGGUUACUGUGUUGUGCUUGACGGCAAGCCCGUCCACAUCCCCUACCCCGACGGCCACGAGGGCCGCAGCUUCCACCACGGCCGCUUCAUCCAGUCGCUCCGCAAGAAGGCGCGCACGGCCCCUGGCGUGGAGGCGGUCGAGGCGACGGUGUCGGAGCUGGUCGAGUGCCCGACGACCGGGCGCGUGCUGGGUGUGCGGGCGACGAGGAAGACAGAGGGCGAGGAGAAGGCAGUGCACAAGGAGACGUUCCUGGCCGACCUUACUAUUGUCGCGGACGGCUGCUUCUCGAAUUUCCGGAAUACCGUGUUGAGCGGAGCAGGUAUGAAGCCCGUGACCAAGAGCCAUUUCGUCGGCAUUGUGCUGGAGGACGUGGAACUCCCGAUACCGAAGCAUGGAACAGUGGUCCUUGUGAAGGGACAUGGACCAGUACUGCUCUACCAAAUCGCGGGUCACGAUACGCGGAUGCUUGUCGAUCUUAAGGUACCUCUACCGUCUGACAUCAAACAAGUCAUUCUCGACGAGAUCAUGCCCCAGCUCCCGACCUCCCUCCAAGACCCCGUCUGCAGCGCCCUCGCGAAAGACCGCAUCCGGCGCAUGCCCAACACGUUCCUCCCGCCCGCCGAGCAGGGCCAUCACACGAAGGAGGGCGUCUUCCUUGUCGGCGACUCGUGGAACAUGCGGCAUCCGCUCACAGGUGGCGGUAUGACCGUCGCGUUCAACGACGUCGUCGUCCUCCAGGACCUCCUGAAUGACGUCGAGGACUUCGGCGACUGGAACGAGAUCUCGCAGGUCCUCCACCGGUGGCAUUGGCGGAGAAAGCAGUUCGCGUCGACUAUAAACAUCCUGAGCGUGGCUCUGUACGACCUCUUUGGUGCUGACGACGAGUCUCUAGCAGUCCUGCGGGUGGGCUGCUUCAAGUACUUUGAACUCGGCGGCAAUUGUAUCCGCGACCCUGUAUCCCUGCUUGCUGGCAUCGAGCAGUCAACGCUGCUGCUCGCGCGUCACUUCUUCGCCGUCGCGCUGUAUGCCAUUUGGGCGAUGUUCGCGCACCGGCGGUGGAUCACCGUCGACGAGAAACCGGUCUAUGUCAAGCCCGGCUUCGAGGAGUACCCUAUCCUGUUCUUCAAGUGCAUCCGCGUGUUCUGGACGGCAUGUGUAGUGUUCCUCCCGCUCGUAUGGACGGAGGUUCGAUGGUGGUGAGCGUAUAGCUGGCACCAUAGAGACAUUGUAGAGAGGAGAGUAAACUCACGUUCUAGGUUAGAUUACAUGUUCUUUCUAGUUGUUGACGAUAUCGAGCCUAUUGCUAUAUCUACGGACCUUAACACUCUAUUUUUCAUCGCGAUCCUUGUGCGUUGCUUGUAAAGGGGUUGCGGGACAUAUUCAUGCGAUCAGAUUCACAAAGGCCGCUUCCGUCGAGAUACAAUUCGAAGGCCUACAUACUUUCAGAGUUCUAGCUUGGUUUUGGCUGUGGAAUCUCCAGAGUCCAAGGGGGUGACACGUCGCGACGCGCUACUUA